AAAUUUUCAUUGAUAAAUUGCUAGAAAGAUUGAUUGAACAUUAACAAGUAUGGAUUUAGAUACCAGUGAUGGAAAAAUAUCAAAAAAAGUCCAUGAUGAAGGAAGAAAAGAUAAUAUUUCAUGGUGCAUACAGUGUCUCAUACCACCUUCGUGUAAUAAACAUAAUUCUAGACUUAACAGCUGGUUUCUAAGAUCAGUAGCAACGAUCAUUGUGUUAUCUGUGAUACUCGCAAUUCUUUCAGCUGUGUGUAUUCACGGAAAUGGUUCCAACACCUCUGACGAGAAAACCUUUCCGGGAGAUAAAGUUUGUGUUGCCAGAAGUCAGUAUGAGGCAUUGAAAAAGAUGGAGAAGUCGUCGAAAAUAAAUAUACCUGGAACAAGUGUUUGGAAGAAUAACACAGAUAGUUGAUAAAACGUAACAAACGCAUGCUGUCGUUUGAUAUGUGAUUGAAGAUGAAAGUUGUGGCGACAUAUUCUUCGUGUUCCCUGAACAUUCACUUAUUUAUUCCAUUUAUUUUGCGUUAUUAACAAGGAAUCUAUGGAGAUUUACAAUAAAAGGAUGAUACUCAAAAAACACCUGACCAAUCAUUAUUUUAUAGACAAUCUAACACAUAAUGCUACGUAUAUGUUCCAACUUUGUUCAUUUUAUUGAUAACAUUUUAUGUCGGCUGGUCGCAUAUGUUUUACAUGAAUGUUUUACAUGUAUUUAUUCAUUAAUUGUUGCAUUUUUUAAUACGAAGUUAACAAAACAAGAUUGUAUAUGUUCAUUUAUUAUUUGUCACUGGACGUUAAGAGCAUACGAUACAGUUUUGAUCCCACGGUAAUUUUUUGACGAAAGUUUGCAUACAAGCUAUUUUUCACUGAGUCAAUUCAAAUAUGAAAUAAAAAAUAUACCUUCA